UUAAAUUGGUGCGUUUAAUCAAAUACACUCCAAUACUAGUAGUUUUAUAGUUGCCGUGUUAUCAUUAUCUUGUUAACAUUUUCUUAACACAACUGUCAAGUGUCUUUAAUUGACAUUGGAUUGCUAUUUUCUUUCAGGUGUGUACAUUUGUUGACAACAUCAAGUCCCUUGUUCAGGAGUAUAGUGGAUUCAUUCUGGAUUUAUUAAUUAAACAUGCAGAAAAGAAUGUUCUAUAGAUGACACAGAUGGAGAUGUCUGGAGAGCAUGCCACUUUUGGUGCCAGAAUACAGGAGGCCAAAGAUGAGAGAGAGGAUGUUCAAAAGAAGACUUUCACCAAAUGGAUCAACUCUCAGCUUUCUAAGUGCGGGCGCCCCACGCUGGAGGACCUCUUCACAGAUCUCCGGGACGGCACACACCUUCUCUCUCUCAUCGAAGUCCUCAGUGGAACACCACAGGUCAGGGAGAAAGGUCGUAUGCGACUUCAUCACAUCAACAAUGUACUUCGAGUGUUGGAUGUCCUGGAAAAACAGUGCAAUAUAAAGCUUGUCAACAUCAGCAGCAACGACAUCGUCGAUGGCAACCAGAAACUGACCCUCGGCCUCGUCUGGUCAAUCAUUCUCCACUGGCAGGUGAAGGAUGUUAUGAAGGACCUCAUGGAUGACCUACGACAGACCAAUCUGGAGAGGACCCUGCUGGUGUGGUGUAGACAGUCCACGCAGGGGUAUGCAGAGGUAGAUGUUAAAAACUUCACAACAAGUUGGAGGUCAGGACUGGCCUUCAAUGCUCUCAUCCACAGAUACAAACCAGAGUUGUUCAGCUAUGACCGUCUGCUGCCCCGAUCCCCGGAGGAAAGACUCGAGCAUGCCUUUACAGUGGCUUAUGAGAAACUGGCUGUGGACAAGCUGUUGGACCCAGAGGAUGUGAACGUUGAAAACGCCUGA